AGUAAUUUCGGCUUGGUAGUCAUUUCUGCUGCUAUAAAUUUGCUAGGGUUUUUAGUUUCUUAGGGUUUGAAGCUUAGAAGGAUUGAGAGAGAGACACAGACAAAGAGGGCUUGGUUUUGCUUGUCGCCGUCGCAUACUUCUCACCGCGUCAACAAUGAUUAUCCCUGAGAAGAAUCGCAGAGAGAUCUCCAAAUAUCUCUUUCAAGAGGGUGUAUGUUAUGCGAAGAAAGACUACAACCUCCCAAAGCACCCAGAAAUCGAUGUCCCAAACCUACAAGUGAUUAAGCUCAUGCAGAGCUUCAAAUCCAAGGAGUAUGUGCGCGAGACCUUCGCUUGGAUGCACUACUACUGGUAUUUGACCAACGAUGGCAUUGAAUUUCUAAGAACUUACCUCAAUUUGCCCUCUGAGAUCGUACCCAACACUCUGAAGAGAUCGGCCAAGCCUGUUGGUAGACCUCUAGGUGGUCCACCAGGCGAUCGCCCACGUGGUCCACCUAGAUUUGAAGGAGAUAGGCCAAGGUUUGGUGAUCGUGAUGGAUACCGUGGAGGUCCUAGGGGACCCCCAGGUGAGUUUGGUGACAAGGGAGGAGCUCCAGCCGACUACCAACCUUCAUUCAGGGGUCCUGGAGGAAGGUCUGGCUUUGGUCGUGGAGGUGGUGGCUUUGGUGCUGGGCCAGCGGCUAGUGGAAGCUUCACCUAAAGGGCGGCCAGCGUUUUAAAUUUACUUGGCCAUGUGCGAAAGUAGUGACCGAUAUUUUUGCGUGUUUUAAUGCUCUACUCUUUCAAUAUGCUAAACCCACUUUAUGGUGCUAUUUUGGAGUUGUAAUAGAGUAAACAUUUAUUCAGUUUGGUUGUGAAGACUUGAAAGGGGAGGAACACAAAGACUUGAGUUACCUUUUUUAGUU